CACCAUCGCAUCAUCUCCGCCGCCCCCCACAUUCAAACCACUGCCCACCCUCCCGACUCCGACUCGUCCAUCCCAACCGAUCAUCCUGCUGGUCAGGGUCGAACCUUGACAUCUGUCGCCUCGCUCUAUCGCUACCUCACCUCAUAUAUCGCAUACCUGACGCCCGCAGUUAGUAUCUGCUGGGUGCUUAUACUCGGCCCAAAGAACCGGCAAAAGGACCUCGCGCGCUCUGUCGUAUAAUCUCUAUUGGCCCCAAAGCCGACUUCAAACGUCCCACCCAACCACGCAAGACGGCCACUCAAUAGUGAACGACCCUGGCGCCUGAGAAGCGCAUUCCAUCGCAAGACUCGCAGCGAUACACAACUCCCCAUACCGUGACCUCAUUCUCAUCAACCUCCUCCGAAGGAACGCGUUGGUAGCAACAUGUUCCACCCCAACAUCCACGGCGUGCCUUCAGGCCACAGCCACGGCCACGACCACGACGACCCCAUCAUCCUCGACGACGAUGAGCGGGAUGAUCAGCCGUACAACUCCGACACCGACACCUCUACCUCCGACUCCAUAAUCAGCAGUACGCACCGCCUGCCGGCGCAUGUAUUAGCGCAGCAGCAGUUAUCCCAGCUGCAACGGACGCAGAACAGAACAACAAUAAAUCCCCUGCACCAGUUCCCCACCACAAACGGCACCACACUAGGCGACUCGACCACAGCCACAACUGCAAUAACAGAAACCACCACCAACCCUCCCAACCCACCCACAACCACAACCACAAACACCCCCUACCAAACCUCCCUCGAACAAGACAAAAAGCUCCGCAGCCGCAUCCGCGAAGAACGACACGCCGCCCUCUGCGUCCUCAUGGACCGCGAACUCCUCACCGUGCAGGCCCUCGCCGCCCAAGAGUCCAUCCCCCAAACCCGCCGCCGCUUCCUCGCCAAACUCCUCAGCCCCGAGGACCCCGACACCGCCGCCAGCCUCCAAGGCGACCGCUUCGUCAUCCAGCAUCCGAUGCGGUUGGGGUCCGUGUCCGGGGGAGGAGCAUCGAGAUCCGGGACCGCGUCGCCGGCGGCGGCGGCGGCUGCUGCUGGCGCAUCGCCCGCUACUCCGUCGGGCGGAGACUACGACGAAGACGACCGGCGGUUGCGGAUCGGGGUCGGGAUCGGCGGGCCCAUCACGACGACGGGGUUGGUUGUUCCGCGGCAGGUCGAGGAGGUGUAUGAGACGGAUGAGGCGGGGUGGAGGCGGCCGCCGCCGGGGGGAGGAGCGGAGCGUUUUGGUGCUGGUGGUGGAGGUGGUGGGAGUGGCACGAAUCGGGGGUCUCCGGCGGCGGCAGGGUCCUCGGUGUCGUCGCCGGCCGGGAGGAUGAAGGCAGGGACGACGAGUAAUAGUAGUAGUGUGGCGGCGACGGCGGGGUCGACGCCUGAGAGACAGCGGAGGGGCAUCAAGGGGCGGUCGCAGCGGGAGAGGGAGCGGGAGAGAGGGCGUGCGCGGAGGGGCUUGGUGGGUGGUGCUGGUGCCGCGGCCUCGAUCUUUGGAGCUUCUCUUACAUAA